AUGGAGAAGUCAAGCAUUGCGUUGCUUUUUCAGAAGCAUGAAGCAAAAAAAAAUGCUUGUGAUCUACCAAUCCCACAUGUGGAUGAAGGGUCGUCUAUUCCUGCUGUAAAUGAUGCUCCAAUUGAUGAAGACAUAGUUGUUGAUGAAGGGGUAUGUGAAGAAACUGAAGAAGAUACUGUUGUAGAUGACGCUCCACCUCCAGAUGUUGUUGUUGAUGAGGUUUCAAUUGAAACUAAAGAAGAAUCUCUGCCGAUUUAUGAUGUUGAUGAUCUUGAACAUGAUCCAGGCUUAAGGGUUCCUAUUUCAAGUUUUGAUGCCAACGAUCAAGAUGCGGCUAGAAGAGGGUACAUUCUAAAAGGAGCUAAAGCCCUUGAUAAACAUGUUGGAGGAACAUCUAGUGAUCACAAUUUUGCUCAAGAGAAAUACAACUUAUUUGUGAAAAAAGGAUGUUUGAGGUAUCUUUUGCGUCAAGGAUUGGCCUUUCGUGGACAUGAUGAAACUGAAGAAUCUAACAACAGAGGAAACUUCCUUGAACUUUUGAAGUGGCUUGCAGGAAAUAAUGAAAAUGCUAAUAAGGUGGUUCUGAAUAAUGCUCCAGAACUUGGAGAUGAGCACUAUGCAAUUCUAGCUGAUGAAUCUAGUGAUAUAUCACAUAAAGAACAGUUGGUUGUUUGCUUACGUUAUGUUGAUAAACUUGGAGGGGUUUGUGAGAGGUUCCUUGCAGUAGUUCAUGUGGCCGCAAGUGGAAGUGGGUUAAAUCAAGAGAUGGCAUUGGCUAGGCCUGGGGACACUCGUUGGGGUUCUCACUACAAAACUAUUUUGCAUAUCAUUGACAUGUAUGAUACAAUCCGGGAAGUACUCAUAACAAUUGGAAAAGAUCCCACUCAAAGAGAGGAUUGGCCAAUCAUACAUGCUAUGGUUCUUGCUUUUGAGUCAUUUGAGUUUGUUUUCAAUGCACACUUAAUGCUUGUCAUUUUGGGUUACACAAAUGAGUUUUCUAAUUCAUUGCAAAAGAGGGACCAAGAUAUUGUUAAUGCGAUGUCACUUGUGGGUUUGGCAAAGAAAAAAAUGCAACAAAUGAGGUUCAAUGGUUGGGAAGGUUUCUUAGGAAAGGUUACAUCAUUUUGCAUCAAAUAUUCCAUUGAUAUUCCUGCAAUGGAUGCUAAAUAUGUGCCUCAUGGAAGAUCCCACCGUUUUUACCCAUAUCAAACAAUUGAUGACCACUAUAGGAGAGAAGUGUAUAUUGGUGUCAUUGAGAGAAUUCAUCAAGAGCUGGAGAAUCGGUUUGAUGAAGUUAGUAUGGAGUUGCUUCUUUGUAUGUCGGCAUUCAAUCCAACAGAUUCAUUUGCCUCAUUUGAUGCACAAAAAAUACUUAGACUUGCAAGCUUUUAUCCUAAGGACAUUGAAGGCUCCAAUUUGAUGAAACUUGAGCUCCAACUUGAUACAUAUAUUAAUGAUAUGAGAGAGGAUCAUAGAUUCAAAGGCCUAAACAAAAUUGGUCAGCUUUCUAUUAAGCUUGUUGAAACAAAGAAGCAUGAUCUGUAUGAUUUGGUGUAUUUGCUUCUUAAAUUGGUGUUGAUCCUACCGGUGGCGACGGCAAGUGUGGAAAGAGUAUUUUCUGCAAUGAAUUUAGUGAAGACUAAAGUGAGAAAUAGUAUGAGUGACAAGUUAUUGAAUAAUUGUUUGGUCACCUUCAUUGAGCGUGAUAUGUACAUGAGAAAGACAUAA